AUGGCUGCUGGUUGGCACACCUGCGUGUUUGCCUUUGCCAGACUUUGCCAGCUGCCGGCCGCCUCCAUGUCGCCUCACGUGCUCGUACAGGCAGAAAAGCAUGAAGAAGAGAACUUGCAGGCUUCUUUUUUCUUCUGCUUCAUCUGCCUCACAUUCUUCUUCGUGGUUUCACUCCUUGUAAACUACCUCGAAACCUACAAACGCAGACUUGUCAAGUUUCUCCUCAUUCCCUUUGAAGCCCUUCAGGAAGAAGAAGACGAGGAAGGUGAUGGCGAGCAGCAGCUUUUUCGUCAUCUAACGCAACAAAACCUCCAUCAGUUUGACUGCUCUCAUCAGUUAGAAUACGGUCACUGCAAGAACGACAACCCUUUCGGUAUGUCUGCACCAAAGUACGCCAUGGAGGACAGAGACGUGCUCUACCACGCCCAAGUCACUCUGGGCUGUAACGGCCUUCGUGAUCUCUACAACCUUGGCUUCAUGCGUCAAGACACUUUGGAAAGGCGAAUCAAAGCUGCUGGCAAGCGCAUCAAUCUGAACAGCACCGUCUCUCUCUGUGCUGUCUGGCUACGCGAGAAGAUUGGCCGCACCUUUUCCACCACGGGCAUGGGCACGCGGCCUGAAAUCAAGGAUCUCUGCCUCUUCCUCGAACGUAGAGGCUGCUCGCGGGACAUGUGCUGCCAAACAUUCUACGACGCCUUUCAGACGGUUAAAGAAAGCCAUGCGAAUCAGGUUUCGCUGCGAGUUGGCAACGUGGUGCUGACGAGCUUCCGCGCCAUUGUCGACCACAUCUAUGAUCACUGGUAUCAAUGGCUCGACGAGCCGGAAACACCUGCAGGCGUGGUCGAUCUUGAAGCAGCUCAGCAGAAUAACGAUGAUGGCAAGUUGCCUCCUUAUCCUGCGUACAAUCACGAUCUUGCCAUGUUGUCGCCAGCUGAACUUAAUCUUCGCCUUGAGACAAGCCUUGAGCAGCUUGACCAAGGUCAUGACCAUCAUUCCCGUCGCGACAAUGACGAUGCCAAACGUGGGGCCCAGAAACGACAACACCCUGGAUACUGCGCGCCCUUUGAUCUUGGACAGGCUAGCUCCUGGGGCUCUGAGCCCAAUCAGUCUGACAGAUGCGCCACUCGACUGCAAGACUGCGCGUGUAAGCACUGCAGCAUCAUAGGUUGGCUUUCCCAUCUUGCUGGUGAACCCAUCUUAACUGCGGAUGACAUAGACUAUCCUGGACAAGACAAGAAUUGCACUGAAGCUUAUGAUAAAAUGGUCAUGAAUCCUCAACGAGCUGCUUUCUUGGCCAGCACUUGCCCGCUGUUUACGGCAACAAUGAUGUUGCUCGCCAUACCGAGGGCCGUCUGUCACCUUAGGAAGAGGAACUCAAAGGAAGGUAUGGAUGCAGACUGUGUGAUUUCGUGCGAUUUGAUCAGUUUUGAGAACAACAGUGGUGGCAUGAAAGAAGUUGAUCAUUUCCUAGCAGAUGUUGAUGUUCAUUCUGAGGGAGAAACGCAGGACUUGGGCAUAGCACCACAAACCCAAGACGAAGCCCGCAAAAAGCAGAAGCUGGACGACUCAUGUACUAUGGAGCCAUCUCUGCUUGAUAGUUCUCUGGAGAUGGGCAGCGGACAAGGAAUCAUGACGGACAUUUCGUUUGGCGUUGACAACAAGUCGAUCCAUGGGGAUGCUUCAUACAGCCCUUUUGUCCAGGACUUAUUUCGUGGUCGGGAGAACCUCUGGGUCCAGAAGGCAAAGCGUCCUACGGCCCUUGAUAUGUGGGAUGCUGCUGAUAGCGCAACGUUGAAAGAUGCCGUCUAG